AUGACCUGCAAAGGCGCCUACGCGUUCGCCUACCCUCGCUUCCUCUCCGACGUCACCCUCGGUGACCAUGAUCCGAGCGAAGACGAUGGCCCGCGCCGUCUCAAGCAGUUUUGUGAGCACAUGCUCCGGAACCCAGAGCUUUUCAAGCACCUCCGUGCCCUCCGUCUCCGAGGCGGUUCAUUCGCCUGCGAGUCCAACGCGGGCCCAAGAGGAGGAUGGGACGCCAACUACUCUGCUGCGGACAGCUUGACCGACCUCCUCUUCAAGGCAGUCAACCUCCGAGUCCUGCAGAUACGCGACGCAGAGCCCGUCUUCCAGUCGCACCCGCUCGUGUACGAAGCCAUCGCUAGCCUCCCCUACCUCAAGGAGCUCUCCCUCUACUACAUCGUCGCUCCAGCAUCUCAAGCUUUGGGAGUGCGGUGUAUGCUCGAGAGCGUCGUCGACCGCCACAUCUGGCUCAACGUCCACACCCUCGACAUUGGCGGCCGGAUUGCCAAAAUAUCGGAGCUCGCGCAUGUGUUCCCCAACCUCCGCCGGCUCACCUUCUUCCUCGAGUUUUCCAUCAAGCCGGAGACCGGCCCCGUCGUCUGCUGGCCCGAGCUCGACUACCUCGAGACGAGCGCUCCCCUCCCCUCCUUCCCGUCGCCCGCACGCCGGCUCCAGCUCCAGUACUCCAUUGGAUCCAAGACCGGGUCUCGAAACGACCUGAAGACAUUGCCGCUUCUGGAGAAGACGAACCCUGUCGUCCUCUCGUGCACCAUCUCUCAAGCGGUCACCCCAGAGAUGGUCGAGCGUAUGAGCGUAGCGGUACCUUCUGUCCGCUAUUCUGAGGUCGUGAUCAACGACGGGUCAAGCGGGCACACCAGUUUGUCAUACUCAGACUUUGACAAGUGGCUGGACCGUCACCUCGGCAUUAUUGGAAAGGCGAAGCCCGAGGGUCUAUGCAUUGGUUAUUCAGGCUCUGGUGGCCAUGAGGAACAGUUUACAGCCGCGGCAAGCAAGACCGCGUCCCGGGUCCCGACGCUGAAGUACGUCGCCGUCGGCCUCCACCACGAAAGGGAGGGCAUGUACUCGUUCAACAGCCUCUGGUUCACAAUCGAGAGCCGAGAAGAUCCUGAGGCUCCGGUCCUCAAACGCGUUCCCGCUGCGGAUUGCGAGUCGCUACGAGAGCGGCUGCUCAACCUGCCGAGGGCGACGUUGUCUGCCUGA